AUGGCUCUAUUUAUAGAUAAAUAUAGACCCAAAUUAUUAGAUCAUAUGCAUUUUCAUGAAAAAUUAACAAAAACAUUGAAAGCACUAGCAAAAAGCAGUGAUUUUCCUCAUCUUUUAGUCUAUGGACCUCAUGGUUCAGGCAAAAAAACAAGAGUUUUAGCAACACUUCGUGAGAUUUAUGGAUCAGGAAUUGAAAAACUAAAAUUAGAUCAAAAAAUGAUUCUGACUCCCUCAAAUAAAAAAGUGAAAAUCAAUAUAAUAUCUAGUAAUUAUCAUCUAGAAUUUACUCCAAGCGAUACGGGAAUCUAUGACAGAAUAGUGAUUCAAGAUCUUUUGAAGGAGAUUGCACAAACUCGACAAGUAGAUAUAUCAGCAAAACAACGAUUUAAAGUUGUAAUUAUUAAUGAAGCAGAUCAUUUGACUAGCGAAGCACAGGCGGCAUUGCGUCGAACUAUGGAAAAAUAUUAUCCUAAUUUGCGCCUUAUUCUAAUUACAAAUUCGACGUCCAAAAUUAUGGCGCCAAUUCAAUCAAGAUGUUUUUUAGUACGUGUUUCGGCUCCUAAAUUAGAAGAUGUUAUCAUUGUUUUAAAGUAUAUUGCAUCCAAAGAGCAUUUUUCAAUCCCAGAUCUCUUAUGUAAUAAAAUCGCAUCAGAUUGUAAAAGAAAUUUAAGAAGAGCUUUAUUAAUGCUGGAAGCAGUUUAUGCGAAAAACUCUUAUUUGACUGAAGAUCUAACUAUACCUAUGCCUGAUUGGGAAAUAUAUAUUAGUCAAAUUGCUGAUUCCAUUAUUCAAGAACAAACGCCGUCAAGAAUUCUUCAAGUACGUGGUAAACUUUACGAACUUAUUACACAUUGUAUUCCUCCAUCAUUAAUUCUUGAAGUUUUAACAUUUAAUUUAAUUUCAAAAAUAGAUGAUGCCUUAAAGCCAGAAACUAUAGAAUGGGCGACUUUUUAUGAACAUCGUCUUCAGCUUGGAAAUAAAGCAAUAUUCCAUUUAGAAGCAUUUGUCUCAAAAUUCAUGAGAAUACAUUCUUCUUAUUAUAAUGAUUUUAAUUAA